UCACAAACUUUUAAAUUAUUGUUUUCUUUUAUAUUUUAAAUCUCUAUUUCCACGUCACCUCUGUAACAUAUUCCGGCCAAACGCCAACAACUGCUCUCUUUCUCUCUCUUUGUCUCCUUCGCCUUCUCAAUCUCUUCAAAAUUUAAUCACGGCCACGAUGAUUGCAAAGCAACAUGAUCAUGAUUUGAUUUGAUAUGAUUAGAUUAGAUUAGAUUAGAUUAGGUUAGAUUAAUUUUGUAUAUGGAAAGAUACAGUUUAGAUCAGGCAAUUCGAAUGGAAUAGAAAAAGAAUAACAAGACGAAUAUCAGAAGGGUGAGAUCGGAGUGAUGAAUUUUCCGUUUGGGGAUACGACGUAUAGAAAGGUGUUUGUGGGAGGGUUGGCGUGGGAGACUCAGAGCCAUACUUUACGACGUCACUUUGAGCAAUACGGUGACAUCCUUGAAGCUGUCGUUAUCUCUGAUAAGAACACUGGCCGUUCUAAAGGUUAUGGUUUUGUUACGUUUCGCGAUGUUGAUUCUGCCAGGAGAGCUUGCUCUGAUCCUAAUCCGGUAAUAGAUGGUCGCCGUGCUAAUUGUAAUUUAGCUUCCCUUGGCCGUCCUCCUGCUCCUCCUUUUGGUCAUCAGAGAUCACCUGGUCCUUCUUUUGGAAGCAUCAACUCCCCUAGCCCUAGGGCUCCCUACAGUAGAACUCCUGCCUACCAUCAACCUUUACCGUAUGGUUAUCAACCUGGCUUUUACUAUCCUUCUUAUGGAUAUUCAACUUAUGGGUCUGAAUAUGUCUAUCCACAGGGUGUUUACAAUCCUUAUGCGGCUCAGCAAUAUAUUCAGGUAUAUGGCAUGCCAGGGACUGUUAAUCCUGGGGUAAGCACACGUGGACAGUUUGCUCAACCUAUUCCUGGCUUUCCUGGAUAUACCUCUGUUCCAAAUUAUGGAAUGGCGCCCCAUCAAAUUCUACAGUUUGGUGGAUCUGCCAACAGAACAGCCCCAGCUACCAUUCCCCCAAAUCAAUCACCACAUCCUUCAGAUGCAGGCCAGGCACAAAUUAUAUUGUCUUCUAAUUCUCCUCAAUUCACUAGUGGUUCUGAUCAAACAGCUAGUUAAGUGGUUGGAAGAUUCUUGUAUUGCAGCAUGAUGGACAACAUUAUUACUGCGGGCUUCAACUCCAGCCUUGGAAAUAGUUAUCUUUUAGUUGUUAAGGCCAUUCAUAGUCGUCAUCAAUUCGUCACCAGAGAUAAUUUAAAAGGAAUCGAGGCAGUCUGAAGCUCAAAAGUAAGAAACAUGAAGAGCGGAGACUUUGAUGUUUUAGCUAGUGUCUAUAAAAUGUGGUUCUCUGCCAUGGGUUCCAGGCAGGGUGUAAUUGAAGGUUCUCUGGGAUGCAAAUCUCUCUGCAGAUAUGUAAAUAAUUGUAAAACCCGCAACUAGGAAUCAAAAUGUGAUUCUUUAAUUGUCUGGAUACAGGGGAUGGAUCUGUGGUCAAAAAUCAUAUAGAAUUGUGGUGUAAAUGGUGAGAACUGUAUAUAUAUUCUGUAAAUAGAAUUGAUGUCAUUUUUCAUAGUGUUUGUUUAUAAAAAUGGGGAUUACUUUCUUAA